AUGGUUUUUGGAGAUCUGAAUGAACCGCCAUUAAAGAAAAGACGAUUUUUCGUUGACGAAGAGGAUACACACCCGCCUUCUAACGAAGCUGCACCGGUUGCCACGAAUCUCGACGCGUCUACGACUUCCUCUGCUGGUCCAGAGGGAAGUGAUGUUCAACGGCAGCAACCCAACCGCAUCCACUCGUUUUCGAUCCUUCAGGAGUCUCGCGGAGAGAGCCCAGAUUUAGGCUCAGAAAAUCAGAAGGAUAGCUUGCACAAGGAAGACGAACAAAAAAACGGAACCGUUGUUCAUGAAAUCCUCAACCACUCUACUUCAAUACAAGCUCAGCCAGAUCAACGAACUGACCAAGAUCUGACAAACAAACAUGGGGGACAACAAAGUGAGGAGAGGACAGUUUCCGAAACCCAAGGAUUUCAGAGUUCAGGUGGAUUCGACACUGCAACAUUUGCUAGCAUCAUCGGAGAACACCUUUCCCCGGAAUCAAUUGAGAGAAUUCGCAAAGCCUCUGGCGAUGAUCUGGAGCGGGCGGUUAACAUCUACUUCGACGGGUCAUGGAAGUCGUCGAACAGCAGUCUGACUCAAGCUCCUCUGGCCUCUUGCCAACAAACACUCUCCACUCCUCGCACCUCAGUUAACGAACCGAUUCCCCAGACAGUCGUUACAACGGUGAAUCAAAAACCGAACCGAGCUCCAUCGCGCCGCAGCCUUCCGCAAUCUUCAAGAUACAUUGGUGCUUUCGGGGUCGGAGCUUGGGCUACGAGAAGCGGCGUUGGUCUACUCAAACAUGGGGAGCAUGUCAACGUUGAACGGGCGAGGUCUCAGCCGAUAUCAAAGCGUGGCCGGGGAGGCAAACUUAUCACAAAUCAAAAGGGGGAUGUCCUGACUCGAUUCACGAACAAAUCCGGUCAAGAAAUCGGAAGAUUACCUCGAGAGACAGCCGAAUGGGUUUCAACUUUGAUUGACCAGAAGAUCUGCAAAUUCGAAGGUAUUUGCGUUUUUGCGCCUGACAGGGUGCGGGUCAACGAUACGAUAUAUUUGCAAUUGUGGUGCUAUCUGCGUAAAGAGGCGUUUCUGCCUCGGAAUCUUUGGAAUAUGAGCGACGACAACCGGUCGACCGCAUUAUUCGAGGAGCAAGAAAGCGCCGAAGAGAAACAGCUUCGACUUCGUCAGGUGGCGCUUGUGAAGCUCUUUGAUGAGAUUGGUCUGCAACCCACAACUGUCAACGACAUGACCAAAAAGCACAAAAAAGAAGGGCUACUCCGUGCAGCAGAGAUUGCAGAACAAUACGACAAGACGAAGAAAGAAGGCAAAUCGAGCGAAUCGUCGGAAGACGAAGAAUCCCCGGAGCUAGAAGAAGAUCAGCUCGAUACUCUAUACAAGAAGGCGCAGUCCUUCGAUUUUAACAUGCCAGAGGCUCAACCUCCGCCAAGCUUUGUGCUGAACCUGCGAAAGUAUCAGAGGCAAGCACUUCACUGGAUGCUGGCGAAAGAGAAAGAUAAGAAGUCUGGCAGAGAACUGUCCAUGCACCCUCUGUGGGAGGAAUACACGUGGCCAACCAAGGACGUUGAUGACAGAGAUCUGCCAUCAGUCGAGGGACUGGCACAUUUCUACGUUAAUCCAUACUCAGGAGAGCUCAGUCUUGACUUCCCCGCACAGGAACAGCAUUGCCUGGGUGGCAUCCUGGCCGACGAAAUGGGCUUGGGCAAAACCAUUGAAAUGCUGAGUCUCAUACACUCGCAUCGAAAUGUCCCUCCGAGCCGGGAGGGUCCAAGCUCUUCCACUGAGCUGGUGAGGAUGCCUAGCUCUUCCAGUGCCGUUCUGCCUGCUCCAAACACGACCCUUGUUGUGGCUCCAACCUCUCUCCUGUCCCAGUGGGAAAGCGAGGCGAUGAAGGCGUCAGAACCGGGAACGAUGAAGGUGCUGAUGUAUUAUGGCGCCGACAAAACCGCCAAUCUGCAAGAGCUCUGUUCUGCUGGCAAUCCCGCUGCGCCUAACAUUAUAAUCACCAGUUAUGGCGUUGUACUGUCGGAAUCCCGUCAGCUCGCAAUGUUCAAUUCCAAUACUCAAGGUGGCUUGUUUUCUGUGGACUUCUUCCGCGUCAUCCUCGAUGAAGCCCACGUCAUUAAGAACCGACGCUCAAAGACGGCAAGGGCUUGUUACGAGCUGAGAGCGACACACCGAUGGGUGCUCACUGGAACGCCUAUCGUGAACCGCCUGGAGGACCUCUUUAGCUUGGUGCGAUUUCUACAGGUUGAACCCUGGAACAACUUUUCGUUCUGGAAGACCUUCAUCACCGUACCCUUUGAGUCCAAGGACUACGUUCGAGCGCUCAAUGUCGUACAGACAGUCCUUGAGCCUUUGGUCCUCCGUCGGACGAAGACAAUGAAAACACCCGAGGGGGAGCCUUUGGUGCCACUGCCACGACGGACCAUUGAUAUUGUAGAAGUAGAGCUUUCCGAGCAAGAACGCGAAAUCUACGACUAUAUUUUCACUAGAGCUAAACGCACUUUCAACGACAACAUCGAAGCCGGUACGCUCCUCAAGUCAUUCUCGACAAUCUUUGCUCAGAUCCUCCGUCUCCGCCAGACUUGCUGCCAUCCUAUCCUCACGCGUAACAAGACCAUUGUAGCAGAUGAGGAAGAUGCAGCAGCGACGGCUGAUGCCGCUAACGAGCUGAAAGACGACAUGGAUCUGCAAGAGCUUAUAGACCGCUUCUCAGCCAGUAUGGAAAACGCGGAUUCGGCUGAGACACAGGACCCGGGCGCCAAAUUCACUACCCAUGCCCUGAGGCAGAUUCAAACCGAAUCCAGCGGAGAAUGUCCCAUUUGCUCGGAAGAACCCAUGAUCGAUCCCGCUGUCACAGCAUGUUGGCACAGCGCAUGUAAGAAAUGCUUGGAGGACUAUAUACGCCACCAAACAGACAAGGGCGUGCCGCCUCGGUGCUUUUCGUGUCGAGCACCAGUUACCUCGCGAGACAUCUUCGAAGUGAUCCGUCACCAAUCGCCUAGUUCGACCCCUACAGAGACCGAUCUCUACAGCAGUACCCCUGCUUGCAGUCCGCACCCAGCACCCCGAAUCUCCCUGCGGCGCAUCAACCCUCUCUCACCAUCAGCACACACCUCCGCCAAGAUUCACGCCCUGAUCAACCACCUCAGCCGCGUCCCUGCAAACACAAAAUCCGUCGUCUUCUCCCAAUUCACUAGCUUCCUCGACCUGAUCGGCCCGCAGCUCACCAAAGCCGGCAUCUCAUACGUCCGCCUAGACGGGACAAUGCCGCAAAAGGCCCGAGCCGAGGUCCUAGCGGAGUUUAGCAGAACUGAGACCUUCGACCAGGAGGAAAUAGACGAGGACGAAGGGCCCGACACGCCGCGGGUGAGUAUCUCAUCUAAAAACGGCCAGUCGUCAACCAAAAGCCCCACCGUGCUACUGAUUAGUUUGCGCGCCGGCGGCGUCGGCCUCAAUCUCACGGCUGCCAGUAACGUGUUCAUGAUGGAUCCGUGGUGGAGCUUUGCGAUUGAGGCUCAAGCGAUUGAUCGUGUGCAUCGGAUGGGCCAGCUGCGUGAUGUCUCUGUGACGCGGUUUAUCGUCAAGGACUCGAUCGAGGGACGGAUGUUACGCGUGCAGGAGCGCAAGAUGAAUAUCGCCGGGUCGUUGGGCUUGCGGGUUGGUGGUGAUGGAUCAGAGGAUGAGAAGAGGAAGGAGCGGAUCGAGGAGUUGAAGUUGUUGUUUGAGUAG